AUGGAAGUUGUGGCGGAGCCCAUUGUCUCUGCGCUCUUGGAGGAGUUGGUUAAGAAAUUGGGGACCGAUGAGGUGUGGUCAUUUGCUCGUCAACUCUUUGGAGGGGUAGAUUCAGAGUUAGAAAAACUGAAAACUACGUUGGAGAAUAUUAAAGAACUGCUUAGUGAUGCUGAAGAAAAGCAACUGUCAGAAAGAGCUGUGAAAAGCCGGCUUGCCGAACUUCAAAACUGGGCUUAUGAUGCAGAAGACAUACUGGAUGAGUUUGCCUAUGAAUCAGCUUUGCGUCGCCACCUGAAGGCAGAAGAACAUAAGGCCAGCUCUAGCAAGGCACUGAACGUCGUUACUAGACCCAGGUUCAAUUUCAGCAUGUCGUUGAAGAUCAAAAAAAUCAAUAGCCAGUUGGAACAACUCCGCAAGGAAACAUUAGCAGCCUUUGAUCUGAGGAAGGAGAUCACAGGAGGGACAUCAAGUGCUGUUUCAGAGGGCCUAAGGCCUGAGGAAACUUCAAGCGUCCGACCUGAACAAGAAGUUCAUGGCAGAGAUGAAGAUGAAGCCAAACUACUUGAACUGGUGAAAAAUGAUCAACCAAGUGGUGCCAAUAAAUUUCGAGUGAUAGCCAUCGUCGGCAUGGGAGGGAUCGGCAAAACGACAAUUGCUCGAGCGGUGUACCAUCACAAGGACCUGGAAGGUUUAGAGUUUGACAAAGCAUGGGUCUGUGUUUCACACAAUUUUGAUAUUCUCACUAUCUCAAAGAAUAUACUUGGGUCAUUAAAACACUCUUCAUCCUCCAAUCCAAAUGAUUUAAACGGAGUGCAAGUUGAACUGCAGAAGGCAGUGAAUGGGAAAAAAUUCUUGAUAGUAUUAGACGAUGUUUGGAAGGUGGACUACAAUAAAUGGGAACAGUUUAAGUCUCCCUUCAAAGCUGGUGCAUCUGGAAGCACGAUGAUCGUCACAACACGCGAUAAAUCUGUUGCUCAAACAAUAAGAUGCCCGGAUUCUGAUACUUAUGCUUUACAGAGUUUAUCUGAUGAAGCUUGUUGGUCCUUGUUUCGGGAGCAUGCACUAGCUACUGAUACAGCUACCGAUGCUGAUCUAAUUACGGAUUCAAUUCGUGAGAGAGUUCUUGAAAGGUGUAGUGGUCUACCUCUGGCAGCAAAGACCCUCGGUGGUCUUCUACACUAAGACUACGAAUUUGAGGAAGAGGAACUUGUACUUCUAUGGGUGGCAGAAGGUAUUGUUCAAUCAUCUGAUACACAACUGGAUGUGGCAGGUCAGUACUUUAAUGAUUUGUGUUUA